ACGUCAGUGUCAGUUCGCCAUCUGAUUGGCAUCGCACAAGUUAUGCUUCAACACAUUCAAUAACACUAAACAGAAAAUUCAGUGCAUUCUCACUAAAAACAUGUUAAUAUCUCAAUCCUGCGAAUGAAAGCAUUGAAUCGCCGAGCAUGUCACGCCUAAAUUAAUUAGUGUCGCCGUGUUACACUCAUUUCCUCAACAUGUCAAACGAAUCCGCGGACGCCGCGGAGCGACCAUCCGCACAAGAACAGCCACAGGCGAAGGACAAUUCUUCUGCAACUGCAACGGAAGUCAAUAUCGAAGCGUUCAAAGAACUAUGCGCGAACAACGCGGCAUACUUUGUAAACGAUGUCACCGAAAACGGUCAGCGAUUGCACAUCUCUUUCAUGUCUAUGCAAGAAGAGAUUGAUCGAAUUUGGCCGCUGAUGGUGCAGUUGAAUUCCGAAGUGCACAAGUAUGAUUUCGAUGAGAAUGUGCCAGGAAAUGGGUACAGGAGUUUUCUGGGUAUUAUUACCUCAGCACUGACUUAUGGCAUGCAUGUCAACAAGAAAGUUUGUCUGAAGAGGGAGAGUGUGCUAUUUCGCAAGACAACCAUCACAAAGGAAGUCGAGGCGUGCGCGCAAUUGUUCGCCAGCCUGCAGUCAUGUCUGCAGCACUUGCAAACGAUUAUGAAAUGGAGUCAGCCGGGCUGCUUGUUUGCUACCGAACAUGCGGCGCCGUUCGAAUUGAUUGCGCAAACAGAGGAUAUCAAUCAAUAUUGCUUUUAUGGCCGACCGCUUGGGUUUCAGUUUUUGGAAGCAAUGCGUGGCCCAUUAAGAUUCAUCACGCUCUCCAUGGUAAUAUUUUCCGAGGCGUUCUAUAACGACGGCUCGAUAUUCUCGAAAGCACGCAAUUCGUUCCUCACGACCACGAAAUACGUUUCCGACCCAGAGCAUCGCGCCAAACGCGUCGUGAACAUUUCCAAAAACACCGACGUCACAUUCUGCAAAGCCUUCUGGUUCCUUGCCGAAAGUGAACUCAUGCAAUACCUACCUUCGGUAGUGGCACAAAGUGUUGCUGUAUGCAAAGUAAUCAACAUCCCCACUGAACAGUUGACGAUCACAUCCGGCGAUAGAGAGAUCAACGUGCCGAUACCAAACGCACAUGUCGGAAGCAAACCCGUUCAUGUGCGGUUAAUCAGUCACGUGGCGCGUGAAGGUAUGGUUGGCGAAGGGCGAAGUUCAAAACUGGCCCCACCUAGCCGAGGUUUGCUGAUUCACUGUCAUGGCGGCGGUUUUGUUGCGCAAAGUUCAAAGUCGCAUGAGACUUAUCUGCGCCAAUGGGCAAAGGAGUUAAAUGUGCCCAUUUUGAGUAUUGAUUAUAGUUUGGCACCAGGUGCACCAUAUCCACGAGGAUUGGAAGAUGUUUUAUACGCGUAUUGCUGGGCGUUGAAGAACUGUCAUGUUCUUGGCAGCACUGGAGAAAGGAUUGUUGUUGCUGGAGAUUCAGCAGGUGCUAAUUUAUUAACGGCGAUGACUCUGAAGUGCAUUGAUCUUGGUAUACCUAAACCACACGGUUUAUUCUUAGCAUAUGUCCCGAUGUUCUUGAAUUUUAUUCCCUCGCCGGCGAGGUUAUUAUCCAAAAUGGAUCCGUUACUACCGUUCGGGUUUCUUGCGAGAUGUAUCAAGGCUUACAUAGGUUCCGGCGAGUCGUCAACACACAUGAACGGCAGAGCUGUUUCUCCGGACACCGAAAGUUUCGAAGAGAUCAGCGAAUCUGAUCUGGUUGAGUUACAAGCACAUAAAUCUCCGACUUCUGAAAUGUCUGACACGUUGACAUACGCAUCGUUGACAUCCCAAGUUGAUGAUCAACGUGAUGUUAGCAAGGAUAACAGUUCUGAACCGGAAACAAGUCAGCGAUUUGAUUUGUUGGAUAAAUUUGUGUUGGAUUCUGACACGGAUACAGACGGCACUAAGAUAGCUGUUGUUACAAGCAAGGAUAAAGUACAAACCGUGGAGCCUGAAUCUCUUUUCAAUACGACCGUGCAGGGACGCGUGUCGAACUUUGUUAGCAAGUGGAAGGGUAAAAUGACGAAUCUCGUGAGACCGAAUUCAUCGGCGGCGUCCAUUUUGGACAUCGAGCGAGAGCAUAGUCUACUGGACGAACUCAGCUUUCCCAUUCCCAAUGAUCCGUACCUUAGUCCUAUUUUGGCCAGUGAUGAUGUGUUGAAACAGUUUCCAAACACGCAUAUUUUGACCGUUCAUUUGGAUCCUUGUUUGGAUGAUUGUGUGAGUUUUGCGCGAAAGUUGAAGAAUCUUGGAUCUCCGAUACAGUUAACCAUUUUGGAUGGUUUACCGCAUGGAUUUUUAAACUUUUCAUUGGUAUGUAAGGAAGCAUAUGAAGCAUCCAAAUUAUGCGCAAUGAAGAUUACAGAUCUUCUGGACCUGGAUGCGCUACCGCCUCUGAAUAUUCCUUCCCCGAAUUGCCCUUCCACAUAAAUCGUCCGUAUUCAUAUUUUAGGAAUUGGUAGUAUAUAUUUAUUGAUGCUACUCAUCAACCAAAUCUCAAUACCAAAGUAUUGUACUGCAACACAAGUGAAAUACCUGCAUAUAAUAAUUACGUUCCGCCUUUGGACUCAUUUUUGGCCUUGCGUAAACGGACAAUAAUAAUUGCACACCGAUAUAAGCUUGCUGGAAAUUUGCCCGUCUAAAAUUUUUCAAUGUGUUAGUGCCUAGAAUGCUAGAAGUAUCUUAUUCUACUACAUCUAAAUAUCAUGUACAUCACUGAGGAAAUGUAUACAAUAGUCAUAUUCACGGGUAACGAUGGCGAUAUUUACGCAUGACAUCAAUAUUUAUACUUAUGCUAGUGCUAGUCCUAUAGGAUGUCUGUCUUUAUAUAUAUAUAUAUGUAUCAAGUGUUACUUAUAACUUAUAUCCCUCUAGAAUGUAAGCAAAUUUACAUAACUAUAUAUUCCUCAUUACGAUUUAAGUUUUAAGUGAUGGACAUUUGUCACAACUGGUUGAAGAAUGAUUGUAAAUUGCGCGGAAAUCCUUUAAUAAGAAAGGAAGCGCACGCAGAUGAGAAGAAGAUGAGACAAUGAGGAAAUUACAGAUUUAACGAGUGCAUUCAGCAGCGGAGGGCAAAAGUUAUUAUUUUAUGAAUGUCGCAAUUAGGAAUGCGAUUUAUUGACGAAGAAGUUGGCACGCUGUAAUCCAUCAUGACAUGAUUAUGAUUAUGGGAACAUACAAUUGAAUACGAGUACGUCCAAGAGAUCAAUAAUAAUGAAUUUCAAUGAUUGAAUAUCAUUUAAGAGAGAAUCUCGUUUGUUUUUUUAUAAAUUUAUUACUAAAAGUUUCAUAUUUGUUUUGGUUUAGAGUGAAAUAUUUUUCUAUUGUAGGAAUAUAUUGACUGAAUGAAUAAUAUGUACAUUGAGUGUUUGAUACGCAUAAGGCUGGUAUUAAUUUUAAUUUGUACAUAUAUACAAUCAUUAAAAUAUAAUAAUUAGAAA